CUUUUCUAUCUAACUGUCUCUCUUUCGCUCUGCCGGCCAUUUUUCUCUCUCCAUCUUUCCACACAAACCUGACAAAUUUUCUUCAUCAUCUCUUCACUUUACAAGUGCAUUCUUUUAAGGUUUCUUCUUCUUCUUCUUUAACUCUUGCGCAAAACACGAACUUUUAACUCUAGCGAAUGAGUUUUGAUUUCCCCUUAUAAGCAACAGCUUAAGUAUCAUUAUCCAUGAUGUUGGAUCUUAAUCUUGGUGUUGUUUCGAGUGAAUCGUCGUCGUUUUGCGAUGACAACAGAAAUAUGCUAAUAGAUGCAGCUGAGAAACAUUUCGGCCAUGAAGAUUCCGGCACCUCAAACUCUUCCAUCAUCAACUGUGAAGAGCCGCAAGCCAAUGCCGGAGACGAGAACACCUCAAACAACUCCUCCUCCGCAUUGAUCUUCGACAUCAUAAAGAAAUACAAACAAAAGAACGUCGUAAUUCAAGCUGAUGACAACAACACCACCUCUUCCACAACACCUCUCAUCACGCAGCAGCUUUUCCCGGUCAUUGGAGAAAAAGCAGAAGCUGAAUCCAGUGCGAUGAAGUCCUCGCUAAGGCCUCAAACGUGCUUAAAUUUAUCUUUCGUCGAUUCCGUUGGAGAGCAAGAACGGAAAGUUGUGCAGCUAAAGCAACAACAAGUUCGAAAGAGCCGGCGAGGCCCCCGGUCUAAAAGCUCACAGUACAGAGGCGUGACAUUUUAUCGCAGAACCAGCCGCUGGGAAUCACACAUAUGGGAUUGUGGAAAGCAAGUAUAUUUGGGUGGAUUUGACACAGCCCAUGCUGCUGCAAGGGCAUAUGAUAAGGCUGCAAUUAAGUUCCGUGGUGUUGAUGCUGAUCUGAAUUUCAAUGUCAGUGAUUAUGAUGAAGACAUGAAACAGACCAAGCAUCUGUCAAAAGAAGAAUUUGUGCUGGUUCUUCGUCGCGAAAGCUCUGGUUUUUCUAGAGGGACAUCUAGAUUCAGAGGAGUAACCUUGCACAAAUGUGGGAGAUGGGAAGCUAGAAUGGGGCAACUUCUUGGAAAAAAGUAUAUUUAUCUUGGCUUAUUCGACAACGAAGUAGAAGCUGCAAGGGCCUAUGACAGAGCUGCUAUCAGACACCAUGGAAGGGAUGCGGUAACCAAUUUUGAACCAACUUCUUAUGAAGAGGAAAUGAUUUUAGAUUCCAGCAACGGAGGCAGUGACCAGAAUCUAGACUUGAGCCUUGGAAUUGCUCAGUCUUCCAUUGGAAAUGACAAUCCUGGGAAUUUCCAUUUUCGAUGCGACAACGCUUUCAACAUACCCAACAAAGAUAUUCUAGUGCUUGAAAGCUCUGCUUAUUCCACUGUGGGAAUGCAGCCACAACAACAUCCUCAUGCUCUAACAAUGCCACCUAAUCAUCCUUCAACAUUUGCGGGCGUAUAUCCUCUUUUACUUCCAAAUUAUGAGGAUAAGAAUAUAGAGAAGAGGGUUCCUUCUGUAUCUUCGGCAAGGUUCACAAGCUGGGCAUGGCAAAUGCACAGCAAUGGCAGUGUGGCUCCAAUGCCAUUGUUAUCGAUUGCAGCAUCAUCAGGAUUCUCUUCCACCACUAGCACUGCUUCUUUUUCACCUACUCUUCAACUCCACCAACAACAAAUAAAUCCUGUCCUCAACAUGUUUCAGCUUCCCACCACACCAGCAACGUCAUCCACCAUAACCACCUCCAUUUACUUCAAUCACAAAAACUAAGAGAGAAGAAAACAAAAUAAAUUUGUCACUCAAUCAGUCCAACAGUUUGUCAUUUUGCUCACUGGAAAGUUAGGUGAGCUCUGAGCCUGUAAAGUUGUAAUUAUUUUUCCGAGUGUAAGCACAGAUUUAAAUUUAUUGUAAUCUUUGUUAAAUUUCCUUAAAUGCCCGUUAUUGCACACAAAGGGUUUUAACAAUCUUUAUGGAAGCACAGAUUUUGUCA